CAUGAGGGGGAAAUGGUGCUCUGGUUGCUCUGCCAGUGACCACACCUGUGUGCCAUGUUUGUCAAGUGCGUCUAAAAACGUCCUAUAAUUACUGGGAGGAUAUACCACCAAGCAAUCUACCAGUAUGUCCAGAUUUUUAAGGAGGAAAAUCCUGAGAGGAAAGACUUUCUUGCUGGUGGGAACUCUUCUAAUGGUCAUUUAUCUCUAUGAAUAUUCUCUGGACCACAAUGCUGUCCACCUCAAAGUAGGUGUAAGAAGGGAUGUCAAUCAAAAUGAACCACCCACCACCGAGACCACCUAUGCAUUCUCCUGGACACAAUGCCGACAAAAUAUGUCUGCUGCCAAUAUCACCAACUUCACCUCACUUCCUGAUAAUAUACAAAACUUUCUCUACUAUCGACACUGUCGCCAUUUCCCCAUGCUUCUGGACAACUCUGGUAAAUGCAGAGGGCCUAAUGGAUCCUCAGAAGUCUUUCUUCUGCUGGUCAUCAAAAGUUCCCCCAUGAACUACGAACGCCGAGAGGUGCUUCGCAAAACCUGGGCCAAAGAGAGGUUACAGAACGGUGCGUGGAUCCGAAGGAUCUUUCUCUCAGGAACAGUGGAGGCUGGUUUUGAAAAGGAGAGACUGAACAAACUACUGGAGCUGGAGCACCGUGAGUACAAUGACAUUCUUCAAUGGGACUUUGAUGACUCCUUCUUCAACCUCACCCUGAAGCAGAUACUCUUUCUACAAUGGAUGGAAAAAAACUGUCCGCAAGCCCACUUCCUGCUAAAUGGUGAUGAUGACGUCUUUGCAAACACCGACAACAUGGUUGAGUACCUCCAAAACCUUCAGGACAACAAUGGAAAUAAGCAUCUCUUUACCGGUCACCUGAUCAACAAUGUGGGGCCCAUUAGAUAUUCAUGGAGCAAGUAUUUUAUUCCAGUUCAAGUGCACCAGUCGGACACAUACCCAGCCUACUGUGGUGGCGGGGGCUUCCUGCUGUCUGGCUUCACAGCUAAGGUCAUUUACAAUAUGUCCCAGUCCAUUACCAUCCUCCCCAUUGAUGAUGUUUACAUGGGAAUUUGCCUGGCCAAAGCAGGACUGCGUCCUGAAUCCCAUAUGGGUGUGAAGACAGCAGGACACUCCUUUCCCUCCAGCAGAGUAGAUUCAUAUGACCCUUGCUUCUAUAAAGACAUUAUACUGGUACACAGAUUUCUUCCGGAUCAAAUGUACUUAAUGUGGCACCGAAUACACGAUCCUAAUCUCAUAUGUGGUGUCUAGAGAAGAAUGCUUUACCAAACCUCAUCAGUAACAGGUGGUGACAGAGGUUCUUUCAAUCGUAUGUAACCCAUUAGUACAACAGCUCUGUGAUAAAUUCAACUUUUUAAUAUUAAAGGGAUAGUUCAGAUUUAUUAAAGUGUUUUGGGUUUUUUGAUGAUGCACUUAUCUAUGGGAAGUGUAUUAUCUUAAUGUGUGACUUUGGUGGAUCAAAAUUAAACCUUGAAACCAACAAAGUCAAAUAAAACAAGAACAAACUAAAGGAUUAAGGCAGCUAUAGUCCAGAAACUCUCAUGUUCUGCCAGGUGAAAUUAUUGUUUUUGUUAAUGGAGUCUGGUGGAUUUGAUGAGCGCAUAGAUAAUGGAUAACUUUACCAAGGCUGUCUGACAGCAGUGCAAAUAUUCAAAAAAUAUGUUUUCUUAGGUGGGUUGUGUUUUUAAGUGUCUAAAAUAAGUUUUGUGUCCUUGUCCUCGGGGGAACUUAGCUUAGUACUGGCAGCAACCAGAAUGGUUUUCAGUACUUGUUAAGUGCAUAUCUAGUGUCUGUUAAAUAAUUUGUUGGUGCCUGUAGCCUUUAUAAACUUUAGAGAAAAGUGUUAAUUCAUUUGUAUAAGUGCCUAUUUAAGUAUGGCUUGGAAGGAGUUAUGCUAUAAUUUAUAUAAAAAGGAUGAUUAACAAAAAAUAAUUUCUUCAUACACUGAAAAUGACUUAGUGUUGUCAAUAUUUUGGCCAAGCUUGGGAUGAAGGUUGGACUUAAAUAACUGUAUAGCUAUCAGAAGCAGUGUGGCAAUCUUUUUCAACUUUUUUUUCAUAACUUUGUAUUUGUUUGUAACAUUACCAAAACUGAAUAAAUGUAAAAAAAAAAAAGAAAAAAAAAAAUGAAAGUGUAUGCAGCAUUUCAUUGACAAUCUUCUCUUUUGAUUACCAGCCAUUUUUCAAGCAUAUAGUGUAUGUCUUAGAAUAACUUUUGCAGCCUAAGCAAAAAACAUAUAUUUUUUUGAUUGUUUUUUUUAUGUGAUGAGGGUUGUGAGAUAAGCUGUUUGCCAGAAUCUCAAGUCAACUGUGUCAAGCCAAAUCACGUCUUGUGUACAUAAUAGUACAUAUAUUUUCACUAGCAAAUAACUUGGAGGAAAAUGAGCUUAGGUGUUAUUAAAGCAACAGAGGAUACGUGGGGGUUUUGAUUUUAAAGUUGGAUUCCAUUAAGAUUCAGUUACACUGUCCAGUGACUUGAGUGCUGAUAAUCCAGUCCUUUACUGUGAUUUGGAAAAAAAAAUGUAAUAGAGAUAUUUGCUGCAACUUUCUUUCUAAAGCUUAAGGUAAAUUAAUUCCAUUUUUUCUGGUCCUUAAAUACUAAACCAUUAAUAUCUAUUAAUGGCCUAAAAACACAUCAGAAACUUUUCAAGUAAUUUAAUUAUCUAAUUAAGUCACUUUGUUUGUUGUAGUAAGUCUUUUGAUUUGCAUCCGUCCUAAAACUUUUAAGUAUCUGAUAUGGUUUAAAGUAUAGCUUCUACCUGAAGGUUAAAAAACAGCUUUUUAAAAUUGUACUAACUUUCACUUCCAGAGAAAACACACAAACAGUGCUGUCUAGAAUGUUACACAACUGGAAAAGUGGGUUUUACACUAUCAAAACACAUCAAAACAAACCCAUUUUUUCUUCAGUUAAGCCCUCAAGUUCAGUGUACUCAAACUAUUUGUAACAAUUAUUUUUGUGACAAAAUGUCAAAACUGGUAAAUACUUGUUUUUCUGAUAUUUCCUUAAAAA